UUGAAGCUGAAGACCAAGUUAUCGGGUGGACGAGGUUACAACCCCUCCGCUGUCAAUUACAAGGACUCCGAGUAUCAUUACGGCUCGGACUUUGAAGACGACGAUGAUGCCAUGGCAGAUUCGGCCGAAUCGGACAAAUCUAGUGAUGAGGAUGAUCAAGUGUCGGGCGCGGAAUCGGACGAUCUCAAAGUCGAAAGUGAUGUUGACUUGGAUGAUAUUGAUGUGCCCAUGCGUCCACUUACCCCCGUUCCAUUCUGGUUGCGCUCGGAUGAGCCCGUCCCGGCCUUACUCUUGCCCUCCUCGUCCGAUGACCUGCCCAUCCCGAGCGAGCACAUCUUAUCCGUGUUCGCCACCUACGAGAUUUGUCGCCAAUUUCACCAGGUCCUCCGGCUCACCCCGUUUCGUAUUGAAGACUUCUGUAUGGCCUUGGCUAGUGAAGAACAAAGUAAUUUAUUGUCGGAAGUCCACAUGGCUUUGCUCCGCGCCAUUGUUCGAUCAGAAGACGUCAACUCGUCGUUUGGAGCAUUGGAUCAAAAGGACAGUAUCAAUAGUGUCUUCUUCUUCAUGGAUUCCGUGACUUGGCCAGAGUGCAUGAAGGCAUUUUUUCACAGUGACCCAGUCACUUAUGGCGAGCCUUUGGAGCUGCUCAAUGACUCUGAGUAUCCUUUCGGUGUCAUUGAGGACGUGAUGGGUAAACGCAUUCAGAUCUUACGGUUUCUAUCUGAUCAGAUCUUACUGACUGCCAAUGCUCGAGACUUUAUUUUGGAGGAUGGAAAGUUUUCCAACGAAGAGCAUUGCCGAGUGUGUCAUCGUUUGGGUGAGAUGCUAGUGUGUGAUACUUGUCCGGGAGUUUAUCAUUUGGGGUGUUUAGAACCUGCCAUGACGGAAGUGCCCGAUGAGGAAUGGCGGUGUUAUGUGUGUGAAGCCAAUGACAUAGAAGGGCUUUCCGAAUGUCAUGGUACUAAAUUGCUGAAUGCCUGCCGCCAAGAAACAUUGGGCUACGAUAGACAAGGAAACCGGUAUUGGUUUCUUUGCCGAAGGCUCGUCGUGGAAAUGACCGAUGGAACGACCAAAUACUACUCAACUGUCAAGCAGUUAGAGGAAGUCUCUGAAGUAUUGGACGAUGAAAUCUACGAAAAGGAUCUUUGGGACAGCAUGGAAGCCAUCCGUAUCGAUAUGGAAAGACACAUGGAAAUCACGGAGUUCAUCACGCAGACUAAAAAGUCUAAUUCGAAGAAAUCUUACUUCGAAAUCGAAAACAGUGCCAUAGAAAAAAUUCAGCAUGAGCGGGAAGAAUCGAAGCUCAAACUCGCUUCCGAAGAAACCAAAAAGGAAAUGGAUAUUAAAUUGGAGCCUGAGGAGAGUGCUUCAGGGUCGGAACAACUAGGGAAGGUACCACUUGGUGACAUGAAAUCUGACGAGGAUGGCAAAGACAUUGAGAUGAAAGCCGACUCCAAUGCAAGCCCUGAGGAUGACAAAACAGUAAUCUCCCCGAUUCAAAAUUCUGUCGGAGCGGCUAAUCCAACAAUUGCAAACCGUAUCCUUAAGAGCGGAGAGACCGUAGACACGACCAAGAUUGCUUCCCAAGUCGGGAAAAUCCCCCAUGUUGACGGAGAUUUGAGGUUAACCCGUAAAACUUUGCACGACAUCAAUUCAGGAACACUCUUUUUCAAACUUGGCCAAGAGGGCUCAUUCAAACAAUACGUGAAUCAUUAUGCCACCAAUCCGAAUGCCUUAAGCAAGUCUCAAGCAAAUGAGGAAAGAAUCAAGCGUCAGCACAUUUCACACAAGUUCUCAUUGACGGAUGUGUCGGUGUUCAAGUGGUUGGGCAGUCUUCACGGGACCAGGCUCAUGUUAAUCACCACGCUAAGACAAACCAUACUUCAAUUGGAGAAUAAUGUGCCAACCAUCUUCAUGCAUCCAAAUUGGCCACUUCUGCGAAAACCUUGGAUCGGAGCCGUAACUAAUAGCAAUAAACCGAGGGACUUUGCCCGGGCUCUGACAGUUCUUCAAUGCUGCAUGAAGCCUUGUAUUUUAUUGCCUGUUUGGUCGGAAAUGCUGGGUCACACCACGAUGAAAAAACUCCCAAACCUACAAAAGGAGGAAAAGAAACGAUUGGAGAAACGAGAAAAACAAGAACGCGAAGCAGAGGAAGAGAGACUGCGGCCCCAUAUGACUUUUGUCAAAUACACCUUGGGGCUGAAGCAUCAGGUGUCCAAGCAAAAAGGCGAAGAGUACAGAGCGCACGGCCAAUACGGUUGGCUUUGGCUUUCUUCAUCCCGCAGUUUUGCUCCUCAAGAUGCCCGAACAAUUGGUCUCCGAGCUGGACCUUUCCGAUUGGCCGUGAAGUAUUCCGAUAUCAGAGACGGAAGUUUCAAGAUAGUGCUUAUGGAGCCCAAGGCCUUCGCAUACCUCGUGAGUAAACAAGAAGAAAUGGACCAAAGGAAGAAGGAAGAAGAAAAAGAGCAAGAUAAAUCAGUGAAUGAGAUCAAGGAUACAUCUGUAGAGACAAUGAACACGAGUCCAACCUCUGAAGCGCUUGUUUCAAACCCCGUGGUCAAAUCGAGCGAGAAACCCAGCCAAGAAAAGAAACGUCUUGAAGAUGCCUUGAAACAUGCCCGUUUGGAAACCCAAGAUCAACCUAAUGCUCUAUUCGAAGAAGUCGUAGACAUUAGUGCUGCCCUGACCAAUCCAACACGCGUUCUCUAUCCCAAGGUGGCCAAAAAGGCAAAAGUUUUAGAUGAAUUCCUGAACCGUCGGUUACAAUUGAAAUCAUUGGAAGAGCGACGGAUCGAGAUGAAACUGAAGCAAUCCGAAAACUCGACUUCUCGAUCAUUGCUCCCUCAAGCGCCAACUCAAGAGAAAGCACUUGCAGGAGUCGAUAUCCAGAGCAAGGCCAAAGCAGACGACCCCGAUGAGAUUGUCGAUGUCGAAGGUGAGUCGGAUACCAAAACCGCCAUUACAUCCAUGCUGGCAGAACAAGAGCUGAAAAGUAAAGACGAAACAAAAUCGAAUAAGCUGAAUUUAUUCUUGGAUGAAUCAAAAAAGACCAUUUGGAACAUCAUCUCAAACUUGAGGGAUGAAGCCAAGGAGAUUGAAUCAUCAGAACUUCAGCAGAACCCAAGCCAAUGCUAUUCUCCGAUAUGCUCCAAGUCCAAGCUCCGUUGCUAUUCUGCCAAUUGCCCCGCGAAGAAAAUCGCAGACCUGCCCAUCAUUAAAGAAGCCCAAACGUUGGUAGCGAAAAUCAUCUCCACUGGGAACGAAUUGGGUCUCAAUGUGGAAACUAGCACUGAUACCGAAUGUAAAUCAAUCAGUGAGAUGAUGACCACGUUACAAAACGUGGUCAAAGUGCUCAUGACCAAGAAAGACGAACUGGACAAGUACAAAGAGAUGGGCAUAUCCACCGUUUCUGCCACGAUUAGCUCUGGCUCUACCCCGUCCUCCACGACGACGUCGGAGAUUGUCAACAAUGACACCGGGACCGUCCAAGUGAUUUCCACUAAGUCAACCGUAUCAGUGACCCAAAGCAAGAGCAUCACAACCACAACUGAGACAACAUUAACCUCCUCAAACAACACAAGGAAUGGCAACGAAUCGGGAAAGUCUAGUGUCAGUAAACUGUCUGUAGAGAUCAAGGCUGGUCACACCACCUCCAAGGCUCAAUCCAUGACCGAAGUGACGGAUGGCAUUACCAGAGUGUAUUCGAGCCAAGACACCACAACGAAACUCUACUUAAAACGUAUUCAGUCCGUGGCGGAAUCGAAAAAACAGAGCAAAGUUGUGAAGUAUCCUCUAGCUCCGCACUUUUAUGCCCGAACUCGAAAGAAGAGAAACAUUCUUCUUCUCGCCAAGCACGAUGUGAAGCACAUGGCUCGCUUGGCAGGUACUGCUUUAGCAGAAGGUUUCAAUUACAACUGUAAGACGAACAACCAAGUGUGGCCUUACCCCUGUCCUAGACCAGUAUUCCGAACUGCUUGGUUGUAUCGCACAGCUUGCAUGGACUCUCUUCAAGCCGUGGCCCUUCAACUGAGGAUACUCUGGGCGUGUCUCAAGUGGGACGAUAUCCAAACUCGACCCGUCAGUACAGAUGGGAAACAUCAACAAACAACUGAUAGCGCAGUCCUAACUACCGAGAUCACCAAGCACCGCCAUGUGGGGAGAUUUUCAGAAAGGACCCAGUAUUUUCAGAAGAAAACUACCAUACCUUUAGAUGUACCGAAAACCGUCGUCGAAGUCACCCCUAUUCGCUCGGGGCUGAGGAAAAGAAAACGGGCUGAAUCGCCCCAGCAGUCCGAGCCCAAGACCAUUGAGCAUUGGAUUGACGAGGAGAAACUAGAGCUUUGGGAAAUCCGCGCCUACCGGGACAAGAUCGAACGGGAUAAAAACGCAUCCAUAACAAGAUCACGGACUGGCGUCCCUAUCAAGGAGCCUCAACGUUUCGAACCCAUUGCUGAGACCACUGUCAAGAAGAAGCCCUCGGAAAGUCUUGCUGGGUUGCCAGGAGUUGGAGAAGGAAAAGCGUUGGAAGAUCGACUUCGAGAAAAGAACAAAACCAUUGGUCAAUCACCAAUUAUGGGACAGACACAAACCAUAAUCCGGCGUGUGACCAACGCUGAUGGCUCCGUCACUUUAGUCCGAUCCAUCACCACCGCUUCGCCGCGAACCAUUGCACCGAAUGGUGCUGCCUCAAUGGUUAGUGCCAGCCCGGGUUCAAGACACCCGACUGGCAUCCAGCCAGGAACUAAGAAGGUUUUCAUUUCAAAGGAUGGGAAAAUCAUCGGAGCACAAGUGAUGCCUACUACGCCGGUGGUGACCAACAAACAAGUUAGCCUGCCUAAUAGUGGAACAACCACUUCUCUUCAGCCAUCAUUAGCGUCAAAUCCGUCUGCGUCAAGUCCUUUGUCGAGCAUGGGGCCCGCUCAACAAAAAGUUCAAAUCGUCAGGGCCGGAGAUGGCAAGAUCCAGGUUAAAGGACUACUUCCUGGGCAACAACUCGUUCAGAUGCCCGAUGGGAAAUUGCAGAUUUUUUCCAACCCGUCUUCAGGAGCAUCUAGUGCCACAGGUGGUAUUCAGCUUGCUAAUAGUCCAUCGUCUACGCCGACGCAGAAACCAACCCUACCUCAACCACUUGGAGCUUCGCCUUUGGCUGCCAAGGUUGGAAUUCAAUCUCAUCAACUGUCCUCUACGCCUACUGGAAAAUCGAAUCAAAUUGUGGCCACCUAUCUACCACCCGGAGCCCCUAUUCCCUCCGGGAUGUCAGCGUUCAUUUCCGGAGGGAAAACCUUUUGCAUACCCAAAGCCUCGGCUUCAUUAGCCUCUCAAGGAGUCGGUGCCAAAACCACGGCAAUCAUUUCCCAGCAAGCGCCCAUUAUGACUGCCACAGCGUCUCCGACCGUGGGGGCCUCCGUCAAACCUGUGGGAGCGUCCACCCCCUCGCCCAGUACACCGAAACAAAUUGUGGAGGUGAAGUCCCUUGGCUCCAACACGGUUACGUUUAAAGGCAAUCAGAUGAUUGUAUCGGGUCCAGAUGUGGCUCAAGCCCAACUUAUUGCCAAGCAACUGUCCAGUGGCCAAGCCAAAUUGGCCAUGAUUGGAGGAAAGCAAGUGCUUAUUUCAACUAACACCAACAAUACAAUGCAGACUCCGACCGUUUCCACCGUGAGCCCUACACCGACUCUCCCCAAAGCACCUUCUUUGUCUGUGACCCCCAGUCUAUCAGCAGUAGCCCCUCAGCCGGCCCCAACUCAAGCUCAACCCAUUCCAGCCGUUCAAGAGGAACUCAAAUCAGUGAACCCUUCAAUCCCACGAGUUCAAGUGACGGCACAACUGAUGCAAACCCCUCAGGGCCCACGGAUUGUUCUACAAGGUAUUCAGGGGUCUAAUCUGCCUCCUGAAGACUUGGCAAUCAUUCAGCAACAAGUGAAAACUCAACUCUUGAAAGCGCAAGCCGAUGCUAAGCAGCAAGGUAAGGUCCCUCCCACCAAAAUCGUGUUGGACUUGCCUGCAAACAUCCAAUCCAAGCUACAGCCCACAGCUGCUAGCAAACCAGUGACCAAUACUGUAAUGGAUAACGACCAAAAGGCCCGUGUGCCUCCUGCUUUGCCUCAGCAUCCGGUGAAUGGAAUUCCUCAAAACGUAUCCUUGACAUCUCCAGUUGGCUCAGGGGUGGGGGUGUCACAGAAACAACUUGGACUGGGGCUUCCCGGUCUCGGCACUCAAGUGCCGUCUUUGACACCAAAAGUCAAAUCAGUAGACGGUGCGGAUCAGGCCAUAAGCAAAACCCUCGCGUCUCUUAGUCCUGUUUCUCUCCCCACCGGGCCUCAGAUUCAUUCACCAUCUCCGCCCAAAAUAUGCCGACCUCGAUCCGAAAGUGAGAAAGAAUCGGACGAGAAAAAGCGCCAACAAAUCCUCUCAAAAAUGGCCACUUUGGUCUCGCGACAAAAAGAGUUACUGAAGAAAGAGAUCGCUCGAAAACGUGCCCUUCAAGAAAAAGACUUGCAAUUGGAAAUUCAAAGUGAAAUUAACCGUGUCAAGGAAAGAAUUUGCGAUAAAACCAUCACGGCAGGAGCAAAGUUUGAUAUUGAGACCAUCACCAAGCGCUCCGCGAUGGGAACAAUUUCUCGAAACAACUUGAAUGCCUCGGCUCCAGCUCAUUCCUCCAAUAAUCAUUGGGACGAGGAGCCGCCUCAACAUUUGGGUGAUCAUGAUAUUACGGCCUCUGUGUCGUCUUCAGGUUCCUCGUCAUUAGUGCCUUCGACCAAUUUAGCUACCAAAAAUGCGUCGUCUCUACGUCCUGCGCCUCCGUCAGUGAGCAAAAAUGCUUCUGGUCCAACCUUACCUUUGCAAGUGAUCUCGUCGACCUUAAAGCGAAAGCGAGAAGACUCGCUAGAAUCGGAGAACAGUUCGGAAUCCACGGCCAAUCAUAGCACGUUGGAAUCUGGAGAUUCUUUUGCUCCGAUGAAAAAGAGAACUCGAACUUCUUCAAUCUCAUCAGCUGCUUUAGCCGCGAGUAUGGUGAAGAAAGACAAGAUUUACUGCCUCUGCAAGACCAAAUACGAUCCCACAAAGUUCUACGUGGGCUGUGACAUUUGUAGCAAUUGGUUCCAUGGCUCUUGCGUGGGGAUCACCAAAUCUAUGUCUCGGAAUAUGUCUGAAUUUGUUUGUAAGGACUGCAAAAAGGCCAAAGAGGACCAAGAGAUCUACUGUCUUUGCAAGCAGGCUUAUGACGAGUCCCAAUUCUAUAUUGGUUGUGAGCGGUGCGGAGACUGGUUUCACGGACGAUGUGUCGGUAUCCUACAGAAGGAGUCUGAGAGCAUUGACGAGUACCUGUGUCCAAAUUGUGAGCCAAACUCUCCCAUCAACCAAGCAAACAUGCACUCGAUCUCAAGUCAGCAUUAUGAACAUAUCGGGAAACUUCUUCGCCAAGUCAUGAGUAACCGAAAUAGUGGACCAUUCCGGGAGCCUGUUCGUCCCAAGAGUGUUCCCAACUAUUAUAAGAUUGUGAAAGAGCCCAUGGACCUCCACACUAUCGAAACGAGGGUCAGCGAUCAGCAUUAUGAACGACUUUGCGAGUUCGUUGGCGAUUUCAUGCGUAUUUUCGAAAACUGUCGAUAUUUCAACCAACCCAACUCGCCAAUCAUGAGGAGUGCUGAAGCUCUUGAGACUUUUUUCGCUCAGAAGUUAGUGCUGCUUCGUGAAAGGCUCUUGCAAGUGUCCUAAACGACUGGCUCUAUCGCUCGAAAACCAACUUGGGAAGCGAAGACCAGCUGCAUGUGGUCUACCGGGGCCAGGACUCAUGUCUUAAGUCUCGAGGCUAGUCACACGCUCAUAGUAGUGU